AUGGGUGCCUCUUCAUGUGGGCGGUUCUGUAAGACGAUUGGUAAAUCUUUGGCAUUCACACAUAUAGAGUCGGAGUGCUACUGUCAUAAACGCAAACAAACGGAAGGAAAAGCAUUCACCAUAAUGAACGGAGCUCAAUACUAUUCAAAACUUUCACUUUCGGAUGAAAGUAAUUGCAACGAUCACCGGUACAAAUAUUUUACUGAAAUCAACGUCUGCUUCAAGCUUUACGAGAAUGCUUUAAACUGGAAGGAUGCCAAUGAAAAAUGUAUGCUGGAAGGAAGUCAACUCAUUACACUAGAUUCUGCUGAGAAAUUACAAAAUUUUCAAAACAUUCUUCAUUACAACACUUUUUACUGGAUUGGAUUGGAGGAUCUAAAUAAAGAUGGCGUCUGGCAAUGGACCAAUAAAAAGUCUGUUGACAUAAAUUCGACCCUGUGGUAUCCUCGCGAGCCAAAUUUUACACAUGAAUUAUGUGGAUGCUUUCAACACAAAUCCACUCACCAAUAUGGUCUAUACAACUGUAACUGUAUUUCCGAAUUCGCUUACAUCUGCGAAAUGUGAAAGUUUAAUUUAUAUUCUUGUGUGUGAAUUACGAUAUAUGUUCAAAUAUCAUUUUUU